UCAGACCGGAAGUGAACUAUUUGAUUACUCGCAAAAAAGAGCAGUAUGGCUGAUGAAGAGGAGGAGCCGGGGUUUGAAGAAGAACCGGAGGAGGCACACGGAGGAGUAGAGUCUGGACAUGGCCGACGCAAACGACUGUUCUCCAAAGAGCUCCGCUGUAUGAUGUAUGGCUUUGGAGACGAUCAGAAUCCAUACACUGAGUCUGUGGACAUCCUGGAGGACCUCGUCAUCGAGUUCAUCACAGAAAUGACCCACAAGGCCAUGUCCAUCGGACGCCAGGGCCGAGUCCAGGUGGAGGACAUAGUUUUCCUGAUCCGUAAAGACCCACGGAAGUUUGCCCGAGUGAAGGAUCUGCUGACGAUGAACGAGGAACUGAAGAGGGCGAGGAAAGCCUUCGAUGAAGCCAACUACGGGUCAUAGGGGGUCAGAGGUCAGCAGGAGGGCAAAGGGCGUGAGGAGGUCGUGAAGAGGUCUUGAGGAGUUGUGCUUCUGUUUUGCUCAUUUAAUAAUCUGCGCUGUAUCAUAUUUUAAGUCUGAUUAAAUGUUUUUUUAUACAUUACAAUGUUGAUAAUUACUCUUGUGUUUUAUAUGUUAUGUGUCUUAUGUUCUUGUACACUUGGCUUUUCAAAGUGACCUGUCGUUUUGAGCUCGUCUGGUUUAAUUUGAGCUCGUCCGGUAUAACAAAUAAACAGUAUUAGGUCGACAUUACGCUCUACAAAUAAAGCACCAUUC